GGGAGCCUUUGAGCUUUUGCGCUUUUGCAAUGGAGCUGGCCACUUGGAGCUGUGUGGCUUUGGGUCAGUUCUCAGAAGGGCGCGGGGUUGCUGCGGCCCAAGACGUGCGAGCGGGUGAGCUGCUGCUCGAGGUGCCGCUGGAGAAGUGUUGGACCGCGGAGCGCGCGCGGUGUCUGCGGCCCGAGCUCGGUGCGCUCACCGAGAAAGAGGCCAUCAUCGUGCACCUGGCCCUGGCCAAAGCUGCGGAAGGCGCAGAAGGCGCAGAAGGCGCGGAAGGCGCGGAAGGCGCGGAAGGCGCGGAAAGUCGGAGUCACUUGGCGGCGCUUCCCAGCUUGGAGUCCAUGGGACUUCCUCACACCUGGAGCUCGGAAGACUUGGAGGAGUUGCAAGGCAGCGAGGUGCGCACACACGCGCUACGGCUGCAGGAGGAGCUGGCGGAGGAUUUCGCGAAGCUGAGUCAGGGUCACACGCUCUCCUUCGAGAACUUUCAGUGGGCUUGGAGCAUUUAUUCCUCCCGAGUCAUGUCCUUGAGCAGCGGCGGGAAACGCAUGUUUGCCAUUGUGCCUGGAUUGGAUAUGUUCAACCAUUCGCCUCACGUGCCGGCUGGCUUGUUCAGAUUACAAGGUGAUCGGGUCACAGUUUCCGCAGGCCAGGACCUGCGGAAAGGAGAGCAAGCCUUUAUCAAUUAUUCCGAGGGCAUGUACAACAGCCAAAUGCUGUUGUCUUUCGGAUUUCUGCUUCCUGACAGGGAAAGCAGUGAGAUCACUCUGUCUUUGCAAGUUUCGGCACCCCAGUUUCAGCUCCACCGUCGCGUGUUGGACGCCCUGGAGAGCCCCUUGUUUCAGGUCUUGCAUGAGCCGGACCCGCGUGUCUCGGGAGAGUUGAUUGUGAAGCAUGUCCUGACACUUGCUGAUCCGCUGCCUCCGGCCUUCCUAUCCAUGGUUCGCACGCAGCACCUGAGGCACCUGAGGGACCUGAGGGAGAGUGCGCCUGGUGGCCUGGAGGGCCUGGAGCGCCUGGAGGGCCUGGAGCUCGCUCUCCGCGGGCUGAAGUGCAAGGACGAGCUGCGUGCUUUGUUCCUCAUCUCCAUGCUGCUGGAGGGCAAGCUGCAGGGCGAUGAGAAGGAGAAGGGCGAUGAGAAGGAGAAGGAGGAGAAGGAGAAGGAGAGAAAGGAGUCGAGGACGGCGCGAGAGCAGUGUGCCGGCGAGCGCCGCGUGCUGUUGGCGGCGGCCGCCGAGGCCCGGCGCCGGCAGCGGGCAGCGCUGCGCGCGGCGCUGCGCUCCGCCGAGCCCGAGAGAUCCGAGACGGAGUCGGCCUGCGGAUGCGAGCAGUGCGUACGGGCGCAGACGCCGUGGCUGCACCGCAUCCAGGCAGCUGCUCCCACACUUCAGGCGGAGCUGGACGCAGUGGCGCGGCUGAGUAAGAACCUCUACGACCGGCUGCCCGAGGAUUUGCCGCGGGCUUGUCACCUCAUCAACCUUUGGGUCGUGAAUGCCCAAAAUCGCCAAAAUGCGCACUUGCCUGAGCUGGAGGAGCUGCCCAACGCAUUUUUGGCUUUGUACCUGGAGAAAAUGAGGCUCUGGGGCUCGUGGCUGGCUGCACAGUGGGUGCAUUGUGAGGCCAUCACUUUGGAGGAGCUGAGCAGCAUGGGUGCAGAACAGCUGAAUCUUCGCAACCAGUACGCUUGGAGCAUCCCCACUCAAAAGGCACUUGAGCUGCUGGCUGCGCACCAGCCACUGCUGGAGGUGGGUGCGGGAACCGGAUAUUGGGCAGCACUGUUGAAGGACAUGUCUGUGGAUAUUUUGGCCUUUGAUGCCAAGCACUUCGACUCAUCCUACACUUCAGCUUCAAUUUCCCAGGGCCAGGAGAUAACCUCCCGCUAUCACUGCGAAGUGCAGUGUGGAGGCCCGCAGGUGGUUGCACAGCACAGAGGUCGUGCGCUUGUACUGAUGUGGCCAGACUUCAUGGGUUUUGGCACGUAUGGAAUGCAGUGCUUGCGCCACUAUGAGGGCGAUGUCUUGUUUCUGGUUGGAGAAUGGAGAACGAGUACGCUUGGUUCUUACGUCAAAGAAAUAUCGAACCAUGGACAGUCGUUCUCGCAGGAGUUCCAACUUCAAGUUGAGGCAGACUUCGAUUUGGUGGACACCGUUCGCCUGCCAACGUGGCCGCUGUUCCUGGAUCGCCUGCACUUUUUCAAACGCAAGCCCGGCGCGACCCCUCAGCCGUGAGCAGCUCCUCGCGAGAGAGUUCCGCAUGCGCCAAAAGGAGCUUCGCGCAUCGCGCACA